AUGACCGUUCCUGUGCUCCCCUCAGGUCCCUCUACCAGCGUGCUCACAGACAACAUCACUGGGGCAAAUCACAACUUCAAGCGUAUCCAAGUUGUGCCCUCCAGUACAGACUUUCUCGAUAUUGUGCUCAGUAAAACGCAGCGCAAAACACCCACCGUCGUGCACAAGGGCUAUCAAAUCUCGCGCAUUCGCUCCUUCUACAUGCGCAAGGUCAAAUACACACAAAGCACAUUUGAAGAGCGGCUUCAGCAAAUCACAACCGAAUUUCCGAAAAUCGAAGAGGUGCAUCCAUUCUACGGCGACCUGAUGAAUGUGCUCUACGACCGCGACCAUUAUAAGCUGGCGCUGGGCCAAGUAGCUACGGCGCGGCAUUUGGUGGAGCAAAUUAGCAAAGAAUAUCUAAAGCUGCUCAAGUUUGGCGAUUCACUUUACCGUUGCAAGCAGCUCAAACGUGCUGCUCUUGGGCGCAUGGCCACCGUCAUGCGCCGCCAGCGUGACGCGUUGACAUACCUGGAACAGGUGCGCCAGCAUCUUGCGAGGCUGCCGUCCAUCGAUCCGGCAUCACGCACGCUACUUAUCUGCGGCUUCCCAAACGUGGGCAAGAGCUCAUUCAUGAACAAGGUCUCACGGGCAAUGGUCGACGUGCAACCAUAUGCCUUUACAACCAAAUCCCUUUUCGUGGGUCACUUUGACUACGAAUAUGCGCGGUGGCAGGUCAUCGACACACCAGGGAUUCUAGAUCACGCACUUGACGAGCGUAAUACGAUCGAGAUGCAGUCCAUCACGGCAUUGGCACACAUCAGAGCGACGGUGCUCUUUUUUAUGGAUCUCUCUGAACGCUGUGGUUAUACGAUAGAACAGCAGCUGUCCCUGUUUAAGUCUCUGCAACCGCUCUUCCGAAGCAGGCCCGUCGUAUUGGUGGUCAGUAAGUGCGAUUUGGUCCGCGUAAGUGACCUCUCACCAGAAGUGGCUGCACAAUUAAAAGCAGCCACAGGCAGUGUGCCCAUUGUAGAAUGUUCACAAAUGACCUCUGAAGGCGUUAUGGCUGUACGCAAUGUCGCCUGUGAUUUGUUGCUGGCCCAACGCAAUGUUCAGGGCGCAGAAGGCGGCAUCACAUCAAGUGCAAAUGGAAUUCUGGCACGCUUGCAUGUGGCCAAACCAGUUGCACGAGAUAAUAUCAAUCGGCCGCCAUUGCUGCCACAAGGCAUUGUGGUGCCUUCUACAGAACCUCUUUUACGCGAGAUAGAGCUAGCAAAUGGCGGCCCAGGAAUCUUUUCCUAUCCAGCGUCUAUGCACCAUCUGAAGGCAGACUGGAAAGAAAGACCGAUUCCAGAAAUUCUCAACGGCAAGAACAUUGCAGAUUUCAUUGAUGCAGACAUUGAAGCGCAACUGGAAGCUUUAGAGGCAGAGGAAGAACAGCACGAAAUGAUGACCGCAGACGAUCGCUCUGCACGUGUCGAGCGGCGCAACAGAGUGCAUGCUAUUCGUGCUGUGCGAAGACACGAAACUGAACGGCGUACACUGACCCGUCUUGAUUCGCGCUCACGAAAAUCCAAUGCCAAUCGUCCUAGACCACGAACGCGUAUCUCUGCACUGGGAACGGAGGCUUCUGCCAUUGAGCGUCCAAUUAGUGCUAAAAGAUCGGCAUCUAUUUCAAGCAGCAGGUCAUUGAGUAUGCAUCCGAUGUCGGAACGCUCACGCUCUCGUGUACAAGGCCGCGAAAUGAAGGGCCACAGCACAGAAAAGGGCCAUGCUACGUCAUCAUCGCUCGUGUCUCUCUCACAGCGCCAUCGCAACCGCAUGGGUCGUGCCGGUGAUGCUGAUCGCCAUGCCACGGCCUCAAUACCCAAGCACUUGUUCGCAGGAAAGCGGCGCAAUGGCACUCACGAUCGCCGUUAA